AUGCUGCGGGUGAUCCAGAUGUCAGGGGAGGAAGUGGCCGCAGUGCCUCUCGAGGAGGUGAGCAGCAUGAAGGCCCUCAAGCAGCUCCUGAACCUCCUGAAUCACCAGUAUGGCCUGCCGCCGCGAUUCAGGCAGAGGCUGCUUCUAAAUGGCACCGACGCAAUCUUGGAUGACAAUGCCGAGCUGCACGCCUCUAUGAACUCUUUGGUACUCCAAAUUCUCAAGACACCUCUCCGCAGCCCUUCCCCAAGAGCAGCGACAGUACUGACCUUGGGCGCCAGACAUGUUUCCCCUGCUCAGGUCGAGUUCUUAUUGCUGCGGCCACAGGACCCCGACUUGGAGGACGCACAUGGCAAAACACCGCUUGUCGCUGCAUCCGUUUUUGGCCGACUUGAAAACGCGCGCUUGCUGCUGGAGGCACGUGCAGACAUCCACAAGGCCGGCAAGUUUCGACAGGCAGCUGGGCAGCCUCCAUGUGUUGUACAGCCUCUAUGGGCAGCGUCACACCAAGGCCACGUGGAUCUUGUGCAGCUUUUGUUGGAGGCCAGUGCCUAUAAGGACUGGGCCGAGGACCGUCAGGGCAGGACAGCUUUGAUUGUGGCCUCUGAUAAAGGAAAUUCGGAGACUGCGAAAGUGCUUCUGGGCGCUGGCGCCGACAGGGACCUGGCCAUGAACCAGGGCUUCACGGCUCUGAUGCUUGCCUCUCAGAAAGGCCACUCCAACACUGCGAAAGUGCUACUGGACGCAGGUGCCAAAAAGGACCUGGCCACCGACCACGGCGUCACGGCUCUGAUAGUUGCCUCUCUUAAUGGACAUUCGCAGACAGUGAGGGUGCUGCUGGAAGCCGGUGCUGACACGGACCUGGCCGACAGCGAAGGCUGCACUGCCCUGAUUCUGGCCUCUGGCAAAGGUCAUCUUGAGACAGUCUUGCUGUUGCUGGAGGCCGGUGCCAGCAAAGACCUGGCCAGGAACAUGGGCUACACCGCGUUGAUCCUGGCCUCUGCAAGGGGCCGUGUGGAAGUGGCCCGGUUACUGGUGGAAGCGGGCGCUGACAAGGACAGGACAAGCCACGUCAUGCCGGAGUUGCUCGUUUUUUGCUGCUGGAGGCCGGCGCGGACAAGGACCUGGCCGACCACAAAGGCAGGACGGCUCUGA